AUGCUGCCUACUGUGUUGGCAAGCACAUUGAUAAAAAGCACUAACACUAUACAGCCAGCAUUGCUCAGUACUGGAUCCAAUUUAAAGCUGGCUUGUAUCAUCUUUGCUGCCGUAAUUGGUAUUCUUAUUAGGACAAUAAUAAUUACAGCACCGUCUAAACAGAAAAAGGUACAGGAAGUGCUCGCUCCAACGGGGCAUGUUGUAUUAGUAUUCACGGAUAUUCGGAAUUCAACGCGUCUCUGGGACACGAAUACCGGGAUGCGGAGAGCUAUGGGACUGCACCAUCAAUUACUGCGACGACAACUCCGGUUGUGUGGAGGAUAUGAGGUGAAGACCACAGGCGACGGGUUCAUGUGUUCGUUCCAGAACGCCUCAUCAGCCAUUAAAUGGUGCUUGACGGUACAGCUUGAUCUUCUUCGUGAGCCUUGGCCGUCGGAGAUUCUCGAGUGCGAAGACGGGAAGGAGGUUUUUGAUAGGCAUGGAACUCUCAUCGAGCGAGGUCUUGCGGUACGGGUGGGUAUUCAUUGUGGUACACCUGUGUGUGAACCAGAUCCGGUCACGCGUCGUAUGGAUUACUUUGGACCGGUGGUGAAUCGUGCGGCGAGGAUUGCUGGGAGUGCGAAUGGUGCUAGACACGGCAUACGAUCACUUGGAUUGGUUACCGCGAUAGAAGGAAUUGAUGUGGAGAUUGCUUCUGUGGGUGAACGUCGCCUGAAGGGCCUUUUAGAGCCCGAAAUCCCUUCGUCGGUGUAUCCUAAGGAGCUCAUCGGGGGUAGUGAGCUCAAUCUUACGGAGAAUCCAGAUGUGUCUCUCCCACAAAACGUCGAAGAGGUUGAUUUCAAUUUAACGGCUAUCCUCGACUCAUUCUCAGCCUACAUCGACAAAGUUUUUUCGCUGUCCAUGGUAGACACGCCAUAG